AUGGGGAACCAUCCACUUGCUCCCAUUGGAACGAAGGUGAAAGAAUUUCUGAAUAGAAACUGGAACAUUCAGCUUAAUCAUAUACUAAGGGAAGGAAAUAUUGUGGAUUGGAAUGGUGAUUGGUGGUUGGGGAGAAGAAGGGGGUGUUAUUGUUGGCAUUACCGAUGGAUGACGAGCAGUAAGAGGGUACAAGACAGGAGCAAGAAGAAGAGGGUGCAUGAGCUUGAGUUAGCAACAGAGAAAUGGAAGAUAGCCUCCAAAGUUGUGUUCUUGAUGGAGCUUGUCAAGCAAGAGCCCGAGAUGGUGAUUCCUGUUCGCAAUCUCGAACAAUAUCGCAAGCAGAUCAAUCUCCCCAAGCCCCAUAGCAUCUCCGAUUUCCUUCGCAAGACACCCAAGCUCUUCGAGUUGUACAAGGAUCAAAAGGGGGUGUUAUGGUGCGGUAUGACCCAGAAAGCCGAGGACUUGAUGCAAGAACAGCAAAGGGUUCUUGAGGGUGACCACGCUGAUAAAGCCGCAGAACACGUUACGAGGUUUCUCAUGAUGUCCCAGGACAAACGUCUUCCAUUGGAUAAGAUUGCUCAUUUCAGGCGAGAUUUUGGGUUGCCAAUGGAUUUUAGGAGCCAUUGGGUGCACAAGUAUCCUCAGCAUUUUAGGGUUGGUAAGUCCCUUGAUGAUGAAGUUGAGUUCUUGGAGCUUGUGUCUUGGAACCCUGCUUGGGCAAUCACUGAACUGGAGAAGAAGAUGGUCACAGGGAUAACUGAAAUUGAAACUGAAACCACCACCACCUCGCAUACACCAGGUAUGCUUUCACUUGCAUUCCCAUUGAAAUUCCCUGCAAACUAUAAGAGGGUGUAUAGUUAUUACAGAGAAAAGAUUCAAAAUUUUCAGAAAAUGCCUUAUUUGUCUCCCUAUGCGGAUGCACGGGGUCUUAAAGCUGGAUCUCUAGAAUUUGAUAAGAGGGCUGUUGCUGUUAUGCAUGAACUGCUUAGUUUUACCAUUGAGAAGAGGCUUGUAACUGAUCACCUCACUCACUUCCGUUGGGAACUUGUGAUGCCUCAGAAGCUGAUGAGGCUUCUGCUGAAGCAUUGUGGCAUCUUCUAUGUCUCCGAGAGGGGGAAGAGGUUUAGUGUGUUCCUAACCGAAGCUUAUGAUGGUUCCGAGCUGAUUCAGAAAUGCCCCUUGGUGCUCUGGAAGGAAAAAGUCCUGAGUCUUGUUGGUUAUAGAGGAAGGAAGAAGAAGUUUGAGCCAUACAGUGACAUAUCCGAUGAGGAAGGUGAUGAUGAUUCGCUUCAGAGUGAUGACUCUGAAGUUGAGAACUUGCAUGUGCAGCUUGAGCAACAGGAUACCAUGGAUUACGAAGAUCCUUUACUUGAAGACAAUUCUGAAAUGGAUAUUGGAGACAUUACCUGUGCAUAUCAAAAUUUUAAAACUUCUUGAGGUCCUCAGUUAAGUUUCAAUUUUACUAUAGAAAUGUUUGUUCCAAUUUAAACUUAAAAAGUUGUCAAA